CCACGUUGGAAGACACUGUUGUAUUUUAGGACGUAAGCACUUCUGUCAUCCGACAUCCCAAUUAAAGUCAAGAUGAAAAUAAAGGAGCUGGACAAAACUGUUAACCUGGCCUGGUCGCCAGCCGGCCAGUCAUCUAUCAUGCUGGCGGCAGGCACGGCAGCACAACAGUUGGAUGCUUCAUUUAGUACUUCAGCUACACUAGACAUUUAUGGACUUAACUUGGAAGAACCGGGCCUUGAUUUGGAGUUGAAAUCCAGUAUACAGAGCCAAAAUAGGUUCCACAAGUUGGUGUGGGGCUCGUGUGCCGGAGGAGUGAUUGUGGGAGGUUGUGACAACGGUCGUCUGCAGAUGUACAACUCGGGGCGAGUGUUGGCUGGGGACGACGGACUACUCUGCGCUCCCGAGAGACACACUGGACACGUCAAGGCUAUUGACUUCAACUCAUUUCAGACAAACUUAUUAUCGAGUGGUGCCUCUGAUAGUGAAAUAUUUAUCUGGGAUUUGAAUAACGUGAAAACUCCGAUGACACCUGGAGCCAAGUCUCAGCCUGCGGAGGAAGUCAUGUGCUUGGCUUGGAACAAACAAGUUCAACACAUCCUGGCUUCGGCCUUCGCCACUCGCUGUGUUGUGUGGGACUUGAGAAAGAAUGAGCCAAUCAUCAAACUUAGUGACAGCAAUUCAAGGGUGCGGUGGAAAGAUGUUGCUUGGCAUCCGGAUAUAGCCACACAGCUGUGCCUGGCCUCUGAGGAAGACUCCAACCCUGUCAUACAACUGUGGGACUUGCGCUUCGCCACCACGCCAAUCAAGACCUUCGAGGGACACCAGAAAGGGGUGUUGUCGAUUGCUUGGUGUGCGCAAGACCCAGAACUCCUGGUCAGUUGUGGCAAGGACAGUCGUAUCCUCUGUUGGAACCCUGCAGCAGCUCAACAGGGAGACGAGAUAGUGUGUGAGCUGGUGACAAGCAAUCAGUGGAACUUUGAGGUCACUUGGUGUCCUCGCAACCCGAGUCUCAUAGCUACGUCCAGCUUCGACGGCCACGCCAGCGUCUUUACUCUGGUGGGUGGCCAACAGCAGAUGCAGACAACCAACAAGAUUGCAGACUCGUUCCCAGGAAUGGAUCAGUUUGCAGAGGCACCUGUAGUUCAGCCUCCGCAGCAUUCUCACGUCGCCGUGGAACUUCGUAAGGCUCCCAAGUGGCUCAAACGGCCGGUCGGAGCUUCUUUCGGGUUUGGUGGCAAGCUGGUGACGUUCAGUGGUGCAGAGGGAGGCGCAGUGCACGUCUCUCAGGUGGUGACAGAGCCCACUCUGCUGGAGCGGUCGUGUCGUCUGCAACAGCUGUUGUCUUGUGGUCAGCUGAAGGACAUCUGUCACAGCAAGAGUGACCCGGUGUGGAGUUUUGUGGCGGCCAGUCUAGAGCCUGACUGUCGUACGGCCAUGCGCACUCUGCUAGGCUUUACUCAGGAACAACUAGAGUUGAACAAAUACAUUGGACAACCAGUAAAUGCCAAGUUGGGUGAUAUUGAUGGAGCUGAGGACUUUUCAGUUUUAUCUCAGGAUGGAUCUGAUGACGAAGUAAGACUGAUGAACAACUCGUCGUCUGGUCUAGAUUCAUUUAACAUUGUACAAAAGAAUGUGAACCAGUUCAACUCAUUCAGUAAAUCUGAAGAAAAUUCCUUUGAGAAAAAAUCUCCAUUCAAAAUAAAAAUUGGAGAAGACAAGGAGGGUGUGAUAUGUAGAGCCCUGCUGGCUGGUAACCUGGAGCUGGCUGUAGAUCUGUGUGUACAGGAGGGUAGAAUGACAGAUGCUAUCAUACUGGCACAUACAGCAGGACCUGACAUACUAGCUGCUACUCAGUACAAGUACUUCCAGCAAAACCAGAACUACCUGAGCCAGCUGUUGUCGGCUGUGGUGACCAAGGACUGGACCCAGGUUGUGUCUGCAUGUGAUCUCAGCAGCUGGGCCGAGGCUCUGGCGGCCAUCCUCACCUACGCCUCCGACGACCAACUGCCUCACCUCGCUGAGAGGCUGGGAGAUCGUCUGGAGAGGGAGGGAGGAGCCGACAGCCGUCGCAACUCUGAGAUCUGCUUUGUAGCGGCCGGACAACUUGGCCAUCUCAUACAGAACAGGAUAGCGUCUGAUUUGUCCACUGAGGCUCUACAAGAACUGGUAGAGAUGGUGUUGGUGGCCAAGAGAGGUAACAUACAAGACAGUGGCACUGCUCACCUGGUUGACAGAUACGCCCAGCUACUGGCCGCUCAGGGAGAGUUUAACACUGCGCUGGCUUACCUCAGCACUUCACAAGAGGAGGAAAUUGAGGAACUAAGAGAACGUUUGUAUGUAGCAAGUGGACAGAAGCCGUACCCAGUCCCGACAACACAGCGAACCCAGCAGAAUUCCUACUAUCAAAACACGGCACCAUCAGGGUAUGCUAAUAGCUACGGGAAACAAAUGAAUCAAACAAAGCAGCCAACGCCUUUCAACCAGCCGUCGUCCUGUUUCCCUCCAGCCAACCAGCAGACUCGGUCAUCUUCCAUCCCCUCCAUCACUCCUCCUCGAAAGCCCUCCAUCAGCAACCCUCUGAUACAGAACACUGUGCCUUCCUCUUCUGCUAACUACACACCAUCCUCCAUGUUCCCCACCCAGCCUCAAGCUCCUCCUGCUAAUUUCUCCACCUCCUCUGCCUUCGCCCCUCCGUCGACACAGAAACCCUUCCAGCCUCCGCCGACGUCUCGUACUCCUGUCCACUUCAACUCUGAACCACCCCCCGCCAACGCUGUACCUCCAUCCACGUUCUCUCAUAGGAGUAGUCCCAGCCCAUCUUUAGCAGGAGGGCGCAAGUACGUUGUGGACCCCUCAGUAGCAGGUGCAGGCGCAGGCUACGGUCGGACAGCAACAUUCAACAGCAACCCGUACAGUCAACCGUCUCAACCUUUCAACCCACCACCUUCUCAGAUCUUCAACCCUCCACCAUCACAGUCCUUCAACCAAACUUCAUCUCAAUCGUUUAAUCCGCCCAACUCUCAACCAUUCAAUCCUCCGCCUUCUCAAUCAUUCAAUGCACCACCUUCUCAACCGUUUAACCCUCCGCCUUCUCAAUCAUUCAACGCACCACCUUCUCAACCGUUUAACCCUCCACCUACUCAAUCAUUCAACCAGCCCAACCCUCAACUAUUCAACCCACCUUCGUCCCAACCAUACAAUCCUCAAGCCUCACAACCUUUUAAUCCUCCCCCCUCUCAGCCCUUUAACUCUCAAUCCUACAAUAGUCAGAGUUCUGACAUGUUCAACCCACCGGGAGCUCCACCACCAAUGUUCAAUCAUCCAGAGCCAAAGUUGCCGCAGCAGUUUGUUCCUCAGACUUCUGCUGCCCCUGGCUGGAAUGACCCUCCUACUCUGACCGCCUCCAAGAGAGCUCAGCCCAAGGAGGUACACCAGCCGCCGCCCAUCACUCACCCCCUGUUUGCGACAGCUCCGCAGGACGUUCCGUUACAGGGUCCACCUCCACCAAUGCAGGGUAUGGGUAUGCAGAGUAUGGGUAUGCAGCCCCCAAGCAUGGAUGGUGUCCCACAGCAGCAGGGGUAUGGCUAUCCCCCCGCACCUGCCCCCGUAAUGGCUGCUCAACCACCCGCUCCAGUGGCCAAAGUGGCUGAACCCCCUCGGCCGAAACCCCCACUACCUGAGGAGCACAUGUACUUGCAGACAGUGUUCGAGGAGCUGCGUAACCGAUGCACGUGUGCCGCCAACAACCCGCAACUUAAAAGGAAACUUGAGGAUGUCGCAAGAAAAUUGGAAGUGCUUUACGAUGCACUACGGGAAAAUAAGAUGUCCAGUACGACGGUGGGCAGCCUCCACCAGCUGGUACAGAUGGUCCAGAACGGAGACUAUACCGGAGCUCUACAUCUCCACACACAACUAGUCUCCGGGCCUGACUUCUCACAGAUCUCCUCGUUCAUGCCUGGUCUUAAGGUGCUCAUACAGUCGGCCUUGCAGCUCGGAGUGUAUCUACAAUAGUAUUAUCAUCAUUCUUAUUAUUGUUGUAUUGUAUAGCAUUAUGUAAUCAUUUGUAAAUUAAUAAAGAUAUUUUAUUGAUUUUGUCAUAUUGA